UAAAACCUCCAUUCCAUUGUCUUCUUCCUCGCCACAUCCAGACCGGCCCCUGUCGUCCUUCUUCCUCCGGCUCAACCCUACCUACGUUGAAAUCGUGGACCCGGCGAUUACGACAAUGAACGGUCGAGAUGCUCGUGGUUGAGAAUGCAUAGAAAAAGAGACGUAAUUCACCUGCAAAUCAGGAACCCAGACCAGGACAGGGACCUGGACCCCGACCAUGACCAACCAGGAUUUGAGCUGACAAUGUUGCAUUGGCAUGGCUCAAAAGGUGCAAAAGUUGAUGCUGGUGAACCUCCCUGGUUGGAUGUCAUUUUGUGCAAAAGACUCCAGAGGUGAUUGACAAUUAUAUUCUAUCAACACUUCUGUAAUUGGACGGCUGCGGAGGGAAGAUGGUGAAGCUGACAAUGAUAGCUCGGGUUACUGAUGGGCUUCCAUUAGCUGAAGGACUGGAUGACGGUUGUGAUCAGAAAGAUGCUGAAUUCUACAAGCAACAGGCCAAGUCUUUGUUCAAGAAUCUCUCGAAGGGUCACAAUGAGGCAUCGAGAAUGUCCAUUGAAACUGGUCCUUAUGUUUUCCAUUACAUUAUUGAAGGCCGUGUAUGCUAUUUAACCAUGUGUGAUCGUUCUUAUCCGAAGAAACUUGCAUUUCAAUACCUAGAAGACCUCAAAAACGAAUUUGAGAAAGUCAAUGGGAGUCAAAUAGAAACUGCUGCGAGGCCUUAUGCUUUUAUCAAAUUUGAUACAUUCAUACAGAAGACCAAGAAAUUAUACUUGGACACCCGUACUCAGCGGAACCUUGCAAAGUUAAAUGAUGAACUUUAUGAAGUCCACCAAAUCAUGACUCGCAAUAUACAAGAAGUUCUUGGCGUUGGUGAAAAAUUGGACCAGGUCAGUGAACUGUCAAGCCGAUUGACAUCUGAAUCUCGCAUCUAUGCUGAUAAGGCAAAAGAUCUAAAUCGACAGGCCUUGAUUCGGAAGUGGGCACCCGUGGCCAUUGUGCUAGGUGUUGUAUUUCUUCUCUUUUGGGUUAGAAAGAAGAUAUGGUGAUUUCUACUUGUGACAAUUUCAUACUCUCCACAUGAUCUGGACUGGUCUCUGUCAUUCACAAAAGGAUUGACGGCAUGCUCUCUGGACACUGCAAAACAAGCUGCUUCCACGUCUAUUAAUCACUUGAAUGAUGUAAACGGGCAACGUAAAUUUUCGAAUGUCAAAUGUUUGGUACAAGUCAAUUCCAUGGAUAUAUGAGGUGAUGCUACAUUUCACGAUGAGUGAAAUGAACUUCAGUGCUCAGUAGAUUUGGGCCAAUUCUUUCGAAAUUGAGUUAAAGAAACAGAAUUUUAAUCUU